AUGGCUCAUGUAGAGUGUAGGAGGAAACCACCGAAACUAUGUCGUCGUACGUUCUUCCUCCGGAAUGGCUCAGCACCAACUCGAUCCGAAAUGAGCGAACAGCUGGGCGACGAGCUGGCGGACGUGGUACUAGCUACACUACAACCGAGUCAACGCGCGGCACUACCCGUCGAUCGGAUGGUGUUUACGGAGGGCCACAAAUCACUCACUGCGGGCGGCAGAGAUUCCGAUAAAGUGCGAGGUCAAAUUCAUGAUCAUAUUAUGAAAAUUGGUGACAACGUUUCCCAGCGUCUCGAAGGCUACUGGCGCAAACGGGUGAAGGAAACCGCAACAUCCGUUGUGACUGCGGAUGAUUUGGAUUUCGUUCGCUUCGAAUGCCAACAGAAGAUAGCGAUAGCACGCGAUGAAGAACGGAAGCGCUACGAGCGGUUGCUGAUGGAAAAGGAGGAAACAAUGCGGCGUCACUUCCGGGAGGAGAAAGAUGAUCUGCAUCGAUCGUACGGUGAGGCUCGAUCCCUUUGGGGCCACUUCGUGUGCCGUAAAGUUCGGACACAGGCCAAGCAGCUCCUGUGCCAAAUUGCUGCUCGCUAUAGGGUGAAGCUGGAGCAAGAGUUAAACCAACGGCUUCAGCAGGAGACAGCGCGCAUGGAGACCGAGAUGGAGGCGAUCGUACGAAGGGCUUUAGAUCACCAGAAAAGAGUGCAUGAACAGACGAUCGAGUGGCUAAUUUACCAGUACGAGGAGCAGUUACGGUUUGCCAAUGAGUACAGUCGCUGCCUGCAGACGGUGGAAAUUGUUAGAGAAUUCUGCCGCGGCCAGCAGCGUCCCCAAAGCAAAGAUCUAUCGCUGGAAAAAGCCCCCGAUGAACGGUUCGAUGCGUUGUUUGAUUUGAAGAAGAGUGAGGAUCAAAUUGCAGCGAUAGCGGACUCAAUCAUACCAGCGUACAUUCAGGCGACUGAUGAAGAUUAUGCUGAAAUGUUUCCCAAACCUGAAGAUACGUAA